AUGGCAUCCAGAGAUUUGUGUGAACAUGUUCAGGUAUAAAAAACAUCCCACUCCAUCUGCCAGGCGACUCGACCGUAGGCUAUAUACAUUCGUUAGAUUGGAAAAGUCUGUCACAAACAUGGAACAUAGCGGAUCAUUCUGAAUAAAUAUUUCCCGCCACCCUACGAUGCCUAAAAUGCUUUUCUCGAAGAUUCGGAUCUACGAGUUUAAGGACCUCAUUCGGAACAACAAACAACUGAAAACACUACAAAACCAUGAGCCAAAGCUAUCUGAUCUGCUAGAAAACAGAGACUACCUGGACGCCUUUCGUUCAUUUCUCCAGUCUGAGUUUAGUGUGGAGAACAUUGAAUUUUGGCUUGCCUGCAGGGAAUAUAAGCGGAUGACUUCAUCUGGCAAACUCUCUAACAAAGCAGCAGAUAUCUACAAAGAGUUUCUCCAUCCCAAGGCUCAAAAAGAGGUCAACAUUGACCAUCACACUCGUGAGAAGAUCAAGAGAUCUUUGAUAAAGCCUGACCUCACUUGUUUUGAUGAAGCCGAGAUGCAUAUAUACAGACUGAUGGAGGAAGACUCCUGCCCAAGGUUCCUCAAAUCUGAGGCCUAUCAGAACCUGAGGAACGCAGCCACAAACCCAAUGCAGACCAGCCAAUGACAACUAAUUCAAUGGAAAAAAAAUGUUCCUUAAUGAGCCGGCACACAGAAAGAGGACACAUGCACAUGGUUUAGAGGAAAUGACAGAGGAGAACAGAAAGUAUGUGGUGUGCAGAGGCUCAGCUUCAUUGGUUUGAGUGAUAAGAUGAAUGUGAAAAAUAAAAGUGUCACCGUUACAGGCAAUGAUCAAGAA